AUAUCCACAUUUUUCAUUUAUUUAUUUAUAUUAUCAACAAUAUCAAUUUCAAAUAAUGGUCAUCAAUUUACGAUUGUACAGUUAGUAAAUGCCGCAUCAUUAUCAUCAUCAUCAUCAUCAUCAUCAAUGAAUCAUAAUCAUCAUUAUUACAAUGAAAAUAACAUAAUCAAUAUAACGAGGUUCCAGAAUCAACAUCAGCAACAACAACAAGCACGAUUAAAAAAAGCUUAUAACCACCAUCAUCAUCAACAACAACAGUCCGAAUCGACGACAAUAUCAUAUUUGCCUACAAUUGAUGGACAUCAAAAGGCAUUCAUUUCCAACAACAACAACCACAACAACAACCAACCACCAUUAACAUUAGGAUCAUGUACAUCACCUGAAGUAAUGGUAAAUGGUGCACCAUCACCAGAUAUUGCCGGUACUGUUAGUGGUGGUGAAUGGGGUUCAAUUGAAGAGAUACAAUUUGUCGGUAUGGUUAUGUCACCACCAACAACAGCAGCAAAAAAUAAUGAUAAUAAUAGUGAUGGCCAUAAUGAUGAUGAAACAAUCGAUAUUAAACAGAAACGUAUCUGCAAAAUUAAGUGCCUUAAUGGCGUAUGGAUUGGACCAUUCUGUGCAUUCCAAACUGCCGAUGAAUAUGAACCAAUUUUGCGAUCAUGCCGUGUGCCAAUUAUUGCCAAUGGUUCGAUAAUAAUUAUUGAUUCAAAAAAUACUUAUAAUCACAAUUAUUAUAAUAAUGAUGAUGAUCAUCAUCAUCAUCACCAUUAUGAUGAAAAAAUGAAAAAAAAUUAUAGAACCAAACCUCGUGAAUUACCGCAUGGAUCGAUUAUUAAGGUAAAAUGUAAAGAAAUUGGAAUGUUUAAGCUAACAACAAUGAAUGGAAAUGAUACCAUACAAUGUUUGGAUGGUAAAUGGGAUCAAUCGGUGAUUCCACAUUGUGAACCAACAACAUUACAUAUGAAUUUUUCAUUGUCUAGUCCACCAAGUAUUCUUUAUACAUUAUUAGAUGGUACAUUGGGCAUUAAUGAUUUUGAUGAUGAUUCAUAUCCAUCAUCAUUUCAAUCAUAUGAUGAUUAUUAUGAACAACAACAAAUAUAUGAACAAAAUGAACAACAGCAGCCACAAAUUGUGAUAUCACCUGGUUCAAUUUUACAUCUUGAUUGUGUAUUUCAAGAAACAUUUGGACAACCACAAUGGUCAGUAUCGGAUAUACCACAAAUAUAUUAUGAUUCUGAACAUCAACAUGGUACUGCAAUCAACAAUAACAAAAAGAUUGAUUCAUCAUCAUCAUCAUCAUCAUCAUUAUUUGAUCAACAUCAUUAUCAUCAAUUACAUCAUACACAGAUAUUGAAUGAACAACAUUGGAAUCCGAAUCAAAUGGAAUAUCAAAAUAGUGAACAUCAACGGCAACAACAACAACAUAAAUAUCAAUAUUCAUUAUCUAGAAAUAAACAUUUACGACGUAAUAAAUAUCAAAAUCGUCGUAAACAUUAUUAUCAACAAUCUAAACCUGGAUCAUCGGCUAACAUCAGAACACAUACAACUGGAUGGGCAAUAUUAACCGAUAAACAUUCAUGGAAAUAUCGUUUAGCUAUUUAUUAUGCAAGUGAAACAGAUACCGGACGUUAUACAUGUACAACACCAAAUGGUCAAAGCAACUAUAUGGAUAUUGUUGUUAAAGAUGUUCAAUGUCCAUCAUUAGAAGAAUUGAAACAACAGCAACAAAAUAUAGAUAAUGAUAAUGAUAAACAUAAUCCAUAUCGUGAUGAUCCAAAUCGUUUAGCAACAAAAACUGGUUAUCAUAUGCAUGAUCGUAUACGUUUUUCUUGUAUUGAUGGUUAUCGUUUAUAUGGUGGUCAUCGUGAAGUUAAAUGUCUGCCGAAUGGUCAUUGGUCACAUCCAUUUCCAAUAUGUCAAGAAAUAAGCUGCCCAGAUUAUGUGAAUUUAAAAGAUUUAGAUCCAAAUCUAUUUAUAACAUAUGAACGAUUAUCAUCAUCAUCAAAUGUUCAGCAGCAACAACAACAACAACAAAAUGAUAUGGAUUUUGAUAAUGAUUUUUUCAGCCAUUCACUAUCAUCAUUGUCGUCUGGUCAUCAUCAUGAUCAUCAUGGCCAUCAUAAUAAUCAUCAUCUAUUAGAUAGACAAGCAUUACGAUUUCGUUGUCCAAUCGGUUAUCGUUUGAUUGGUUCAUCAUUAAUCAAAUGUGAUCAUAUACAUAAUGAAUGGAGUGAAACAUUUCCAAAAUGUCAACAGCUACAAUGUCCGGAACCGGAACCACCAUCGAAUGGAAAGAUAAUUAUUAAAUCUAAAUCCGGUGGUAAUCAAUUAUCAUCAUCAUCAUCAUCAUCAUCAUCAUCAUCAUUGUUUAAUCAAACAACCACUACAGUAUAUCUUGUCGGUGAUUAUAUACAAUUCGGUUGCCGUAAAGGUUAUCGUAUGAUUGGUUCGGAUAUUAUUACCUGUUUACAUACUGAACAAUGGUCUUCAUUGCCACCAAAAUGCAAACAAGUUUGUUCAUAUCCUGCAAAAUUAUUACAUGGCUACUAUGAACCGGUUAAAUUCCAUUAUAAUGUCGGUGAUAUUGUUCACGUACAUUGUGACAAUGGUUUUCGUUUGGCAAAAGAAUUUGAAGAUAAUCUACAGCCAUUACAUUUUGAUCAUAAUAAUAAUGAAACAAUAACAAUGUUAUGCAGUAAUGAUGGACUUUGGAUUGGACCGGCUAUUAAAUGUAAACGACAAAAUAAUAAUAAACAACAACAACAACAAAUGAAUGAUGGUAGUGGUGGUGGUGGUGGCAAAUCGUCAUCUACAAAUUCAUUAUGAUGUACAUCGACACGGGAUAGAUUUCCGAUACGUCAAAAAUUUGGAAUUAAUAAAAAAAAUCAUCAUCAAACAUUAAAAAAUUACCCGAAAUGGAACCAAAAUUCAUUCAUCAAAAUACCU